AUGCGUCUCCAAUCUCUCGCCCUCUUGGCCGGUGCCACUGCCGCCAUCGCCGCCGAGACAGUCACUCUUUUCCUCCCCGGAUUCGAUGAGCAACGAAUUGAGGGCAAGGUCAUUGGCACCACCGGCUCCAUGACCAAAUACCACAUCAAGUGUGCUGCCAACGUUGAAUCCGACGAAUGUGGCAUCCCCCCCGACGGAAUGACCGUGGUCCAAGGCUCUUCAACCGUCAGCCUAGCAUACAGCAUGGACAAGAUGACUGUCCUUGAGAGCUGCAAGUGGGAUUCCAAAACUGCCAGUUGUGGUGCAUCCCUCGACGAGCGUGGCAUCACCACCGAGUGGAACUCAGCCGUCGCCCUGACUGAAAUCCCCGGUGGCGCUCUGAUGCCUGUGACUAUCACCGCGACUGGAACUGAGAGCGCGUCUGCUACUACUGGUGCUUCGGCCUCGGCUUCUACCGCUGCCUCGACUAGCGGCGCUACUUUGACUACUUCCGCUUCCAGUGGAACUGCUACUGGUACUAGCACUGGUGGUUCCUCGGAUAGCAGCAGUGCUGCUGCCACCAGUCAGACUGAGAGUGGUAACGCUGCUAUGCCUAUGAUUACUGGAAACGCCCGCUGGGCUGCUGGUGGUGUUGCGGCUGCACUGGCCCUCGCUGUUCUCUGA